UAUGUGUGAUUACCUGGGUGAUUUUUCUGUUUCAUUAAUUUCAUACAUUAUGUUAUGUGUUCAGCUAAGUUUGAAGUUUUUAUUAAUUUUUUAAGUUAAUUUUUGUUGAGAUUGAAGAAUGUGAACAAAAACAAUUCACAUUUUUAAGUGUUAAUAACCAUCUUCCCCAUUAGAAUAAGAAAGCCUGAAGCAUUUUUUAUAUAAGUGAAAAGGACCUGUUCAUUUGUGGUUAGCGUUCCUACUCUUUUCAUUUUAAUUCAUCUCUGGUGUCAUUCCUGGUAAAGAAAGGCCAAUAAGGGCAGUGUGUAUAACAAAGAGAAAUAAGAUUUAUCUUCCUGCUAAAAUAUUAGGUUUGCCGAAAAUACAGAUGAAUAGUGUAUUUUAAGCAUAGGUACCAGACUUUAUCUAUGAAUUAUUGAAGAUAUUGAACAACAGUCAGCACUUUAUGCAUUGUCUCUGCUUCUCACACAGUCAUUAUUCAAAUUCAUUUUGUAUAUUGGAAAAAGAUCGUUACUGCCAGUAAGUGAAAUACAUCAGACUGGUCUUGUUGAAUAAUAAGAUAGUGGGUGGAUUUUGUCACUUAACGUUUUGAUUGCCGAUAAGCUGCAGAGUAUACUUGUUUCCUGUUACUGUUAGAAUAAUUCUUACAGUUUUAACUGGAGGUUAAUUGUAGUUUAAUUUGAUCAUUAGCCUAAAAAAUUAGGAUGGGUUCAAGGCGCACUGACCUGUCAAACAGGAAGGUAAACCAGUGUUUUUGUUUUUAAUUGAUUGCUAUAAAGUUUCACAAUGAAACGGGUCAAGUGUUUUAAACUUACCCCGAGUGACCCUACAGCAGGUAAAUAUAUGUUAUCAGAUAGAAGCAGGUUAAUCUAGCUCUGCACAUCAUGUCAUGUGUAGUAAGACUGAGACAUUUCAUAGGAACAAAGCAGUUCAAAGGUUCUCUUCCACCUGCAGCAGCAUGGUUUUUAGGAAGGAAAUUGGGUUUCUGGAAAGUCAUAAAUGGUCCCCCCACCCCAGACAGCUGUGAUAUAGAUGUACCAAUCAAACUGUUAACGAGCGAUAACCAUACUCUACAAAUGAUGGUAUGUAAAUGUGGUGGCACCCCUGCCCUGGCAGGGUCUUCUCCAUCGUCGCCAUUGUCACCGCCAUCCACAAUACCAUCACCAAGUGGGACCAGUAGUAACCCGUUACUUCAGCCUGAGAUUUCAGCAACGGAUGACUCUAACACAUCUCUCAGUCUCAAAACCAGCACCACCUCUGUUGCAAUAUCAGGGCCCAACGAGGCGUCUGUGUCCAACGAGGUCUCUCAGGAUACCUUCUACAAUUCUCAGGAUGAGACCAGCCAGGGAACAAAUGGCGGAGGAGAGUCCAGCGCGGAGGUUCCCGGCUCGUCGAAAUCACAGACCUCCACAACAUUGUGUAAAUGGAAGGAGUGUCGUCAGACUCUGGAGGGGCGAUUCCUUAUGGAGCAUAUACGAGAAAAACACGUAGAAAGCCAAAGAAAUAAAGACGGAUUUGUUUGUCUGUGGGAAGGGUGCAAAGUGUUCAAUAAGCCCUCAUGCUCAUACAAUUGGUUGGAGAGGCAUAUACUGCAUCACAGCGGAGACAAGCCUUUCAAAUGCAUUGUGGAUGGAUGUGGAAUGCGCUUCACUUCACAGACGGGUCUAGAACGCCAUGUAAAUAGUCAUUUUACCAUCAUAACCCCUAGCCAGCCAAAAACACCUCGCUCCAGCGACAACACUCCUACCAAAAUGUUGAAAAAGAAGAAGACACGGAGAAAAAGACCGUGGUUUAUCAAAACUGCAGAUUUCUUUGAUUCAUGCUCCAUGGUUGGCAUCAAGCAGCAACUGUAUCAACUGGAGCAGAACACCCACCUGGACACAAUGGGGGCUGGCAAUACUGUAACAUUCCACAGUACUGUGAUAUGUAGAAGAACAGAAGAGACAGGGAAGGUGAAGGUCCUGCUUCGUUGGAGUCCUGAAGAUGUAUUACCGGAUGAAUGGGUCUCAGAAGCUCAGGUGGCAUCCAAUGCAAAAUGUGUCAUUCCGAUCUCAGAUUUACCUCCUGAUACUGCCAUUAACCUGGACCCAUCCAUCUACAGACCCAUACGAUACAGGAAGAGUCGGAGAAAAUAAAACACAGGCAGGGAAUCAAAAUGUACUGUUUCUUCAAGCUUUUUUCUAAAGGGGGUUUCCACUGCAAGUUGCAUACAUUGUAGGCAUUAUACUGUGGACUACAAAGCUGUAGGGGGAGCCACAGACAGUGAAGAUAGAUGCUGAUGUGGUAUCACUGCAAGGCUGUAGAUGGAGCCACAAACAGUGAAGAUGGAAGCUAAUGUGGUGUUAAUGAGAUAGCAAGACUGUUUCAGUUGGAAAUGACAGGAUUGGGGAGAAAGUCUCAAGGAAGGAUAAUAGACAUUUACAACUAUUAAAUACAAGAAGAGGCAUGAAAGCAUGUAUUGUGUGCUAAAAUGAUACAUGUUUUUAUAACUCAUACUAGUUUUUUUUACUUUUUUUUUGGGGGGGGGGGACAGUAAGCAGACUCUCCCUAUAAACACUCGUCAUUUAUCACCGUGAUAUUGUUUGUCACAUAAGUCUCAAUGUUUCAGGCUAAGAUGUUGUCAAGUUUGGAUUAGAAAUGAUGUGUAUACAUGACACCAUUUCAAUGGAAAAACAAAUGAUACAGUUUCAAAAUUUCUCUUUAUUUCCUCUGUUAGCAUGAGAUGAUUAACUGGAUAGUAUUUUUAGAUUUAAAGAUAUGUGAUACAUAAAUGAUUUAGCAUGAAAUCCAGACAGUAAAUGCUGUGCUCUAGAGAAGUCAUCACAUACUGAUUAGCCUUCAGAGUCAUGGCUUUUGAAUAAUAUCUUUGGUGUCCCUUUAUUUUGUGGUUCCCAGAAGAUUAUAGUGAAAUUGUAUUAUCUAAAAAGAUGUGGAUCCAGACAUUUUGGAAGAGAUGGACCAUGAAUGGCUGGCUGGAUCAGCUUGGAUUUAAUGGAUUAAUGUGCCACCAUUCUUCACCACAUUGAUUGUACAUUAGUGGCAGUUUUCUGCUGGAUUAACUCCUGUGACACUGCUUUGUCCAAAAUAUUAUCCUUGGCAUUGAAUUUUGAACAUAGCAGUGCUUUCAUUAUUUAAGGAUCUGUUAUCAAAUCAGUUUUUCACAAUUAUUGUUAUCUAUUGGGAUGAGUCAGAAAUUUCUGCAGUUCUAAAGCCAUUGACGUCAGAUAGAAAGAAAGUUGAACUGUGGAGUGGAAAUUUGCAAGAAGAAAUUAUUUCUGGUUUUCACAUAUUGCAAUGUAAUAUUUGAAACUUUGCAAACAUGGUUAUGUACAUGCAUAUGCAUUAUCAGAGGUAACAAUUGACACUUGGUCAUAGAUGGAGGCAUGUGCAUUUUAUAAUUAUCUUUUGUCUUUCUCUCUUUCUGUUGUCUUUCUUGGUGAUAUAUUCCUGUAAAAGUAUGUGUGCUUGAUUUUCGAUCUCAGUUGAAAAUAUGAUUCAACAUGUGAUUAUUAGCCUGUCAUCAGAAUUGAAGAGAAAAUACUCUGUCACCCGCUCAGGAAUGUUAAAAAAAAAGAUGUUUAUCACUGGGGUCAACAUCUCAUGUCUAAAACCCAUAAUUGCAUGAUACAAAUUGUUGUGUUCAAUCAAUGAUUAAUAUAUAUCAGUUAAUACAAUUUGUAUUUUGAUAAGUGGCAUUUCCAGCAAUUUUCCCAUGAGGAUCUUCCAUCUUUAUCGAGUGGGAAAACUGUUAGCUUAAGGGUCAUAAUCACCUGCUUGAAUACAGGAAGAGCACCCCUUCUCAUUGCUCACACACGUUUUACCUCAGAGGGGAGUUAGCAAUAAUGAAACCUUGUCACUGCCAGUGAAGGAAAGGAAGUUCUGGGGAAGGCCAUUUCAGUUGAAGACCAAUCCUUCCAUCGAAGCCACUUAUGCAAAUUUGCAACAUCGAUAUAGCUGAAUCCAAAUCUGUGGAGACCAUAAAAUAUGCUACUCAUCAUUAUGAUUUAGUCUUAUUAUCAAUGAAGGCAGACCAAAGCCUACCUCUUAGACACUCUCAGGGCUGUGUGGUAUUACAUGGAUACUACAGACAAGGAGGCUUGGGACAUAUGACCUUUGACCUUGGGUUCGCAAUGUAUUGCAUUACAGGAUGAGUAAAAAACAUCAAAGCAUAAAAACAGGAUGAUAUUGAAAAAGAUAACAACACCCAGAGCUUGUUUGAUUAUUUAAUAGUCAAAUAUUAGAUGCUGCAACUUUCACAUAACAACUCUGCAUUGGUUUGGUAUAUUUAUUGCUUCUCUUAGUUGAGCAAUGUGCACAUACUUGUUCCAUUAAUUCAAGCGUCUUUCAUAUUACAUCUGGCUUUUUCCAAAUAUUCUUAGCAAUAUCAGGACGGUUGAAAUAUUUUGCUAAGACAUUGAUGGCAAAAUGAGCUCCUGUUAUCUCAUUCAAGGCUCUAGUCUCAUUUGUUGGCAACUGAAAAUGUUGCUUGAAGAUUGUUUUCAUUCCUUUUUUCCAGAUAGAAAACACUAGUUUUUUUUUUUUAAGUUUGCAGGAUUCAAAAGUUAAAAAAUAAAAGAUUUCUGCAUGGCAUGCUCCUAACCAAAAAUCAUCACUGGACAAAUGUUCAAUUAUCUUCUAUAGAUAGACAUGUCUUGCUUGCAGACAGGAAGGUUGCAAUGCCGUCGGUCAAUCUGCAAUGAUAUGAAUUAUUAAUACUCUCUCUCUCUCUCUUUCUCUCUGUUGCAUGUAGGAUGUUAUUAUUCCCUAGCAGACAUUAAUCCUACAGAAAGGCAUUAAAGACAAGUGUUUGUGAGAGGUGGACCUAUGUCCACUCUCUGUCAGUCACUAGGGCAUUAUACUUUAAUUUACUUUAAUUGUGGCAUAACACGUUGAUCUCAGGUCCUGAAACUUCAAUGGGGUAAGGUUGUUGGACAGCAGACCCUCCAAUAUCUUGUGGGAAAAAAUCAUACAGGAUUGUCGGAAUGACUUGGAGGUUGGAUUUGAUUUCUGUAAACUGGCUAUAGAGGGAGCUGUUCAUGGCCUACUGUCCAAAUGAUCUCGAUUGGAAACUGUUACAUUCACAUCCAGAAUUGAACCUGACCAAAUAUGAGGAGUUUUGAAUGUGCGAAUACAUUGAUUUGUGUGGUAUUUGAAGAUUUUUAAUUGCUCACUGCUUAAUAAGUAAUUGUUUUACCGUAGUUGGUUUGCUGUAUCAGCAAUGUGUAGGAUGAAGUGACCAGUGAAAUGUUAUAUCAAGUUGCUUGUGGAAAUAAUUCUGUAAAUUUGUGAAUUUGGCCAUUUUCAUUGAUGUAAAUAUGUUAAGAAUGUAAAGAAGUUGUUUCAGAAGACAGGUAUUGUAAGGUGAGAAAUGACGGAUAAGAGAGACCGACUACAUUUGCGUGCACCUUGUAGCUUAUAGUCCUGUAGAAAGCUUAGUGAAUGGGGAAGGGGGGGGGGGUUAAUUUAAUGACAGUAUAUGGCUACGUAGAUUUUACUUGCAUGACAUUUAAGUUCUUUUGAGGGCUUUUUUGCCCUUAUGGAAGCCAACAUCUCUUUUCAAUAUUUUUUUCAGCUUUUUUUUUUCAAAUGUAGAUUGGGUCUCCCAGGUGUGUUAAUGAUACUGGAGAAUUUGAAUUCUUUGCAGUAUUUAUUUUUAGGUAUUACUGUUAUUUAUUGUUUUGAUCUAGACAAAUCAUAUUUUCAUUAACGGAUAAUGAGACAAACUUGUCCAAAAGUGUAAACUCUAUGUAUGAUAGGUGCACUUGUAGUUUUGUAUAAGAGAAGUGAAAUGAAUAAAAAGACCAU